AUGUCGUCCCCGAGCAAACGAUCGACUCGAAACGCCCAGGCCGGGACACCGCGCCGCUCCACCAGGAACGCAGAGGUUCCCAAGAGCAGCCCCGCGCCCCUCGCUUCCGACGAUGCUGAAGCACCCGCCGGGUCGCAGACGCCCCGACAGAACCCCCCGUCCUCGCGCCUUCAGUCGAGCCCUCUCUUUUACCAGUCCUCUCCCGCCUUGGGUGGCAAUCGCCGCACCGGCCCCGCGCUCGGCGAUGUGUCCUCGCCGCUUCGACACAUGACGAACAGCCAGAGUACCGCUACAGCGGCGCCCAGUUCUCCCUUGCGCCAACAGACCGAGACGCAGUCGAUUGACGGCGAUAGAACACCCCGCGCCAGCGGCACCGUCAGAGACUCAUCCCCCGUUCGCUAUGAUCCCAGCUCUAGUCCUGGCCGGUCACGGCCAGCCCAAUCCGAGCUGCGCAGCGAAAGCAGUGCUCUCUUUGUCGGACAGCGCUCCGGCUCUGCCUACUCCCGCAGCCGCCAGGAGAUGGGUCUGUCCGCUCAGCCCAUUCGCCGUAUUUUCCUGAACGAGUCGGGCAGGAUCACGCGCGACGGCAGUGUGCCUGGUUCGGACCCCGCCUCCUUCAGCAACCGCGACCCCAACACAUCAGAGGCCAACCGCCUGGGCGGUGCCAACGAAGCCCUUGUUUGGGGAACGAAUAUUUCCGUCGACGAUUCCUUCACCGCCUUUAAGGACUUUUUGCGCCACUUCACAAAGAAGUAUCGCAUGUACAAGGACGGGGCCUCGGAGGCUGAGGUCAAGGCGGCGCCGGACGCCGAGUCCAAGCCAUACAUGGAGCAGCUCCAGACAAUGCUGCUGCUGGGCAACACGAAAAUGUACUUGGACCUUGCCGAUGUGAAUGCCUACCCGCCCACCCGCAAGUUCUGGCACCAGAUUCAGUCCUAUCCCCAGGAUCUCGUCCCUAUCAUGGACCAGUCUGUGCAUGACAUCAUGACGGAGCUCGCCGCGGCUGAGGAUAUGCAGCGUCGGUCCCAGAGUACCGCAGGUCGGAGCUCUCACCAGAUCAGCUCGCAAAGCUCCGAACCCGUCUUCCCCAGCUCCGACCGCCCUGAUGGAGCCCCUUCGCCGGGCGGCCAACCAGACCAGCAGUCCAUGGAAGAUGCGGUAUCACAGAUGGUCUACAAAGUCAGGCCCUAUGGCCUCGCGACCACGACGAACCUGCGUGAUCUCAACCCAUCAGACCUGGACCAGCUCGUCAGCAUCAAGGGUCUCGUCAUCCGCACGAGCCCCAUCAUCCCCGACAUGAAGGACGCCUUCUUCCGAUGCAACGUCUGCAACCACUCGGUCAACGUCGGUCUCGAUCGCGGCAAGAUCAGCGAGCCGACCAAGUGCCCCAGGCCUCGGUGCGGUUCCGACAACUCGAUGCAGAUCGUUCACAACCGAUGCACAUUCGAGGACAAGCAGAUCAUCAAGCUCCAGGAGACGCCAGACUCUGUACCUGCCGGCCAAACCCCUCACUCUGUGUCUGUGUCAUGUGGCCACGACCUGGUCGACUUUUGCAAAGCUGGUGACCGCGUGGAGCUCACCGGUAUCUUUCGAUCCAGCCCUGUCAGGGUCAAUCCCCGACAGAGGACAAUCAAGAGCGUAUACAAGACAUACGUGGAUGUGCUGCAUGUGCAAAAGGUGGACAAGAAGAGGAUGGGCAUGGACCCGUCGACUUUGAUGCUCGAAGGCGACGACGAGAACGAGCUCGAGGGCAAGGAGGAGACGCGCAAGUUGUCGGCCGAAGAGGAAGCCAAGAUUCAAGAAACGGCAGCACGGUCCGACAUUUACGAUCUUCUGUCGCGAUCGCUGGCACCAUCGAUCUACGAAAUGGACGAUGUCAAGAAGGGCAUUCUCCUCCAGCUGUUUGGCGGCACCAACAAGACCUUCCAGAAGGGAGGUAGCCCCAAGUACAGAGGCGAUAUCAACGUGCUGCUCUGCGGUGACCCGUCGACGUCGAAGUCGCAGCUUCUCGGCUACAUCCACAAGAUUGCUCGCGCGGCGUCUACACCAGUGGCAAGGGCUCUUCCGCUGUCGUCUGGUGCUCUUGUCCUGUCCGACGGCGGCGUGUGCUGCAUCGACGAAUUCGACAAGAUGUCCGACGCCACCCGCUCAGUGCUUCAUGAAGUGAUGGAGCAGCAGACUGUUUCGGUGGCCAAGGCGGGCAUCAUCACGACGCUGAACGCUCGCACCAGUAUUCUGGCCUCAGCCAACCCCAUCGGCAGUCGAUACAACCCCGAUCUUCCCGUGCCGCAAAACAUUGAUCUGCCUCCGACACUACUGUCUCGUUUCGAUCUCGUCUACCUCAUUCUGGAUCGCGUUGACGAGAAGACGGACCGCAAGCUCGCUCGCCAUCUUCUCUCCCUCUACCUCGAGGACACGCCAGACUCGGCCGCCACGGAGCUGGACAUUCUGCCCGUCGAAUUCCUGACCUCCUACAUCUCCUACGCCCGCGCCAACAUCCACCCGACCAUCUCACAGGACGCAGCCCAGGAGCUCGUCGAGAACUACGUCGACAUGCGCAAGCUCGGCCAGGACGUCCGCGCCGCCGAGAAGCGCAUCACGGCGACGACGCGUCAGCUCGAGUCCAUGAUUCGUCUUGCCGAAGCGCACGCCAAGAUGCGCCUCUCGACGACCGUCACGCGCGACGACGUCAAGGAGGCGUGCCGCCUCAUCCGGUCGGCGCUCAAGACGGCGGCCACGGACUCGCAGGGCCGCAUCGACAUGAGCCUGCUCACCGAGGGCACGAGCUCCGCCGAGCGCAGGCGCCGCGAGGAGAUCAAGGACGCCAUCCUGAGACUGCUGGACGAGCUCACGAGCGCGGGACAGUCGGUGCGCUACAGCGAGGUCGCCAAGCAGCUGAGCGAGGGCGCGAGCGUGGCCGUGGAGCAGGCUGACUUUAGCGAGACGAUGCGGGCGCUGGAGAUGGAGGGCCUCGUCAUGAUCAGCGGCGAGGGCGCAAGGAGAAACGUCAGGCGCGUCACGGCUGUGGUGUAA